AAGCACGGUUCAAAACGAACCGACCCAGUCGUGCUGGUCCCCAAAAAAAACGCGGCGGAGAUGAAAUCACGUGAAUCGAUUGAUACUCUUGAAAGCCGUUUCUUGUUUGUGAUUUUUUUUUGCUACCCACCCGAUUUGCGCCUGCACUAUUCUUUCACCGAGUAAACAAAAUGUCGCUUGUACCCGAUUACGGUAGUUCCGAUUCAGAGGAGGAAUCAGUGGUAGAAACGACGAACAAGUUACCAGCGAAAUCCUCCUCCGUGUCGUCUUCUUUAGCUUCGUUAUUGCCUGCACCGAAAAAAACGACUGCUUCCUCCACUUCUUCCUCGACUGCCACCUCAACAACUUCGCCGUCCAAGUCGAAACCCGUCUUUUACGUUGAUGUUCCCAAACGAUUAUAUGAUGAUGACGAGGACGAGGAAGAGAAAAAGAACAAAAAGCCGAAAAUGGCCAGAACCACCGGCGAUCUAGCCGAUCUACUUCCAGCACCGAAACAUUCUGCCAACUCUUUUCUGGCCGCAGCGGCGGCUAAGAAGGCAGCGACACCCUCCAUUUCCUCCGCCUCCUCCUCUUCCUCCCUCUCGGCAUCAAUUAAUAAACAAAAGCAGGCCACCCCGACACCUACACCGAAGAAGCCCGUUAUCAAUGCGACACCUGACGUUGACGAAUCCACAGUGGAAGAGGAAACUGUAGAAGAUCAAGUCGAUGAUUCCGUUACUAAACAUUCUGGUCCCUUUUUCCGUCUUGGAUCCGAUUUAACGGCUGCACCAUCAUAUCCAUCAACGACCACCAAAGUCGAAACAUAUCAAACAACAGAAGAAGCAGUACCGUCAAGUACAGAACCUACAACAGCAGAUACCGAAACUGUAUACAUCGAGGAUCCCAACGCAAUGUAUGCUUACGGUACCGAUCCAUCCUUAUAUUACCAGUACUACCAGCAACAGCAGGAGUGGGAAGAGGCGCAAAAUGAAAAGUUGGAGACAGCUGAAGGCGAUCUGAAUGAAGCGGCAUUACACCAAUUGGGUGGUCGACGUGCCAAAGGCGCCGGUGUUCAGAUCAAAACCAUCAAUCAGCAGGAUAUGCUACCGUCCGACACUUGGCGAGCUCAAGCCUUGGCUUCAGCGCCCACAUUUGCCAGCAGUGGUCCAGCGUUGACGGCCAGCAAGGCUCAAUUGAAGAAAAACAAUAUCAUGGCGUUAGCUGCCCAAGCACAAAGUUUGCAAGACAAAUUAGAAGAGCAAUAUGCGCAGAAUCGUAGAACCAAACGGGAGACACAGAGUAAAUACGGAUUUUAAACCAAUGGUUGGCUUUUCAAUAAAGUAAGCCCAUGUUAUUCAAAAAACAUCAAACAUACCAAGCAAUUGUAUUAUCAUCCUUUCCGGUAUUUUUUUUCUGCUAUUCUUUU